CUGCCCCAUCUUCUGCAAUGCUCCCCCGAGGCACAGAUGCAGUUGCUCUGAUGUGGGCAAGUCCACUGGGGCUGGGCUCCCAGGAUCUGUUUGCUGAUCAGUUGUGGUUUCCUGGUUGCUAAUUGCUGUGAGGAGAGGCUUCUCUGAUGACGGGUGGUAGCUACACUUAUCCAGGAAAGGGAUGCUACCCAUGCAGAAGGAGCACCUCUCUCACUACUCAUGCAGAAGGAGCACCUCUCUCACUACCCACGCAGAAGGAGCACCUCUCUCACUACCCACGCAGAAGGAGCACCUCUCUCACUACCCAUGCAGAAGGAGCACCUCUCUCACUACCCACGCAGAAGGAGCACCUCUCUCACUACCCACGCAGAAGGAGCACCUCUCUCACUACCCACGCAGAAGGAGCACCUCUCUCACUACCCACGCAGAACGAGCACCUCUCUCACUACCCACGCAGAAGGGGGACCUCUCUUUAGGGAUGCUGAGGAGUCCGUUCUCCCCGCUGUGUCUGUGGGUUCUGGAGAGCUGGUGCGGUCGUCACGUUUACUCAACAAGCACUCGGCCCACUGGGCCACUUCAUCCCCGAGUGGUUUCGGAGAAUUUGGUUUAUCAUGGCAGAGAAGACAUGGGUCUGACCUUCAGCAUCAAGAGGGAAGCACAGGAACCCCGAAAGACCACCCAGGAGCUGACUCCGCUGCACGAGGGUUUCUUUAUUUCAAGCUCCAGCUUCGCCUUACUCAGGCCUGAUGCAGCAGGACAGGAGGGGGAAGCCCCCAGCCUUCAGCGGGACAAGGUUUUCUGGGAAAUGGGAACAUGCGAGGGGUUUACAGCCUCGCAAGCAUCUUAUUGAAUGACUGCUGUAAGCCGACAGGCGGGUGCCCAGAAGCAAAACCAUAAACAGUCACCAAGGGUCUGAAAGUAUGGCUGAGACCAUCCGACUCAUCUUGAUUGGCCGUUGCUAGGCAGUAGCUAGGGAGUAGCUCUGGGGGACGGGCCAAGGA